AGUAGAGUGCCGGACUCGAAUGUGUCAUCAGGUCAAUGCGCUAUACACUAAAAUCAAGACGUUAUGAAUUCAAAACUAUCAAGAAUUUUGGUAAAUAUCCAUUAUAAUAUGUAUAAUUAUUGUUUUAUUAAUUUUUUAGAAUUAAAAUAAUUUUCUUUGGUUUUAAUAAAUACAAGUAUAUUAUAAAUAAGACAAUUUGUAUUAAUACACCUACCUAAUUUGUUUUAUAUUAUUAUUAUAUUGUACUUAAAUUAAUGACUAAUAGGUACCUAUUUUGUUAUCAAUGCAUAAGAAAAUAAUUAAGUACCUAGGUAGGUACCUACUAAUCAAUUUAUAAUAAAAUACGAUUUAUAUAGAUAUAAAUACUACAAAAUAUUUAUUAAUUUGCAACCAUAGUUCAACAUUUAAUACAUUUGUUUUGGUUUUAAUAACACCUAGAUACUAUUAUUAUUAUUAUUAUAAAAUAUUUAUAUCUAUCAACUCUUAUGACUUAAUUUUAAUAGUCUUUUGAAAUUGAAUUAAAUUUAGAUUAAUUAAAUUAAAGACUGAACAAUAGUAGACUUAAACGCUUGUACACAAUCAUAGUGCUAAAAUUAUAAAAUUAAUAGGUAGGUAACUACUAUUUGAACAGUUGAUUAAUUAUUUAUUUAAACUAUUUAAAACUACCUACUACUUUUAAUUAAAAUUUUAGUUGGUAUUUUAAUAUUACGAUAACAAUGCUUUUUAGGUAUAAGAAAUAUAAUGCAAUUAUUAAUCCCCAUAGAUAUAUCUUUUAAAUAAAACUAUAAUAAUUACCUAUUUGUGAAAAUAGGUAUAUUUUAAAUUACCUAAUACUAAUUUUAACUUCAGACAAAAAUACGUAUUACAAAAUGACUAGAUGAUGUAAAUAAUUUUUUUUCAUUUUAGACUUCAUGUAGUUUAAUCAAUGAUGUAUACCUAACUUUAAUUAGGUAUAACAUAAAUCUCACCUCUUGAGAAAACUAUGUAUAUUUACUAAUUUAAUCUGUGUAAAAAAAAUAGUCAUACCCGAGGUAAUAUCAACUUUUGAGAAUGUAUUGAUUUAAAUAUGUACUAAAGGUUUGAUACACGACUAUAAAUUAAUGGAUUAUACAAACAUUUUAACAAAUUCAAUAAAUGUACGAAUUGUAUAAAUGUCUCGUAUCUAUUAAAUUUCAGAACCUAUAAAUUAUAUACCCAAAUGUACCUAGUAUACUUCUAUCUUAUAAGUAUUUAAAUAUUAUAGUUAGGUACUUUGUGUUAAGUGAACAAAAAACUAUUUUGCCAUGGAGAAACGCAUACCUACAUAAGUAUUUAACUAUUUUUAUUCUUAUACAGUAGAUGUUCAAUAAUAUAAAUUACAAAUCAUAAUGCAUGUAAAUACCUAUUAAAAUUAUACACUAUAGUAUUAUACAGGUUGACGUUUAUAGAUGGAUAGAAAACCGUUUUUUCUUAUUUUUUUUUUAAAUACAUAGAUACACGUUUAUUAUUAUCUUAUAGCUGUAAAUGUAAUUCAAUUUAAUGGUUUAAUGUUUGUUAAUCCACCUAAUUCACCAUAAAAAACUAUAAUAGUUACACGGGUUAACAGCUAUGAUUGCAACGUGCAUAGGUUUGUCAUGGUUUGUUUGAUUAUUAUUUAUUACGUAUUUUUUUUUGUCUGUCCAAAUGUUCUUUAAAAUGUUUAAAAAAGUGUUAACAUUUUACUAUUUUAGUACAUAUUAAUGAACAUUGGUUAAUUGAAUAAAAUAUUUAAUAUAUUUUUUUGAUUAUUUUAGAUACAAUUAAGUCUUCAUACAUGUAAAUUAAUAAGCACUGCUUAUUUGUUUUAUGUAUAGGUGUCUGGUAGGUAAUAUUAAUUUUGAAAAUGAAUGUGUAAGUAGAUAAUGAAAGAAAAUAAUAUUGUCCGAGCACAUUAUUUUCUGAGAAUAUUUUUCAAAAGAAUUAUUAUCGAGCAUUUUUAGCACAAAUGUGUAUUUAGGGUGGAUGUAUAAAGAAAUAUUAGCUUACAGUGUACAAUAUUCAACAAUUCUGGUACUUACCAUUUGUAUGAAUAUAGGUAUUUACUAAAAAAAAAAUGUAGGUGGUAAAUUAACAUUUAUAUACUCAAUGAUGUUGAAUACAGUUUUUAUUUUAUUUGUCUUUAAAAAUAGAAUAACUAUAGUGCGUAACUAUUUUUAACUUAUGACUGUGAAUUUAUCCGUCCUAUAUUUUAUUGUUUAAAUAAUAAAAGACGUCUAUGAAUGAUUGAUAAUGUAUGAAUAUUAGUUUGAUUUGAAAAAUGAAUAAUGUGUUUCGAUAAAUUUUACUAAUUUAAUUUAAACAAGUCAGUUAUCCAUUUUUAAAAUUAGAAAACAUAAAAUAAAACGUAUUAUAUUAACGGUACCACGCAUCUUCAUAAGAUUUUGACCCAGUCUUAUAUUACUCGUGGUCACGUCGUCAUGGUAUAAUGCUUGGCAGAAGAUUUAAUUAUGCCAAACAGUGCACUACUGAUUCUUAUUUUUUUUCUUAUUUAAAAUUACUUUUUCGAUUCAUUGGCAGAUUUGGUGCUUAAAAACAAUUUUCUUUCCAUCUUUUUUUUGCUGACUUUAUUUGUUUUCUAUUUAAUAUACUGGUGAAAUAUAGAUAUAGAAAAAAAAGGAAAAGUAGGUUUUCAGAUUAAAUUGCUUACGAACAAUGGAACUAUAACUCGUAAAUAGACAUCAGCAUGUCUGACCAACGAUGACCAAUGUACUUUUUUUGUUGAUAUAUCUUAUAUAAAGCCGUUAUAGAAGCGUAUCUUUCUAUUACUCAUGCAUUUCGAUGUCAAUUGGCUGUUGAAUCCGACACACUCAAUAAUAAUAUUACAAAAAAAUACUACUUUUUUUUUUUUAGAAAUUUGAUACUUACCUAGUCAAUAGGUACAUCAUAUUCAAAUGUUCAAUAAUAAUAUAUGGCCAAUAUGAUGAUUGAUAGGUAAAUUGUUUAAUAUGCCCAUACAUAUUUGUAAUAUUUUUAUCAAUGUAUAAAAUAGGUCAUAUCAGAAAAUAAUUUUUGUUCAAAAUAGAUUUUCGAUUUUUAUUUUGAAGGUAAUGAAAAUUGUUUAUGUGUAUCAAUAAGAAAAUUAAUCCACCUUUAUUAGAUAAUAUGAUUAAAUUUAGUAAGUGCUGAAGUGCCUUCACUGGUUGGUUCUUUCCUCUCAUCACUCAAGUCACUAUACUAUUAAAAACCAUACAUUAUGCUUAUUGUUCCAUACUAUUGUAUAGAUUGUAAAAUUUUCUAAAUGAAAUUUAAAAAAAAAAAAGCUGUCCUAGGAUAAUGGAGACGGGUGCAGCCACUGUUGUUGGUCAGAAAUUAGGAAGGUAGGAUAUAGAGGGGAAAUUAAUUUGUAUCCGUUAGCAAAAAUAAAUCAUUGUUUACUAAAACCGAUUCUGAGAGGAGUUCAAUUGAUAGUGAUACUUUGUCAAUAAUAUAUAUGUCAUAUUAUGGUAAAAAUAUUUAAAUAAAAUAAUUAAAUACACAUAGGUAUUUUCUUUAAUAAUAUUUGUUUAAUAUUGUACUGAAUUUCUCAUUUUUCCCAUGUUUUCCUCGUGUUUUUUUCCCGGUUUGCUAGGAAAACUCUUGAGAAAAUCGAAAAAUUAUCUUCUUAAAGUACCUUCUCAGUCAGAUUUCCUUUCAGAAAAAGUGAAAUCGGAACAAAAUUGUUGGUAGAAAAGUUAUUUACAGGAAAUAAAGAACCGAAUCACAUUUUACAUUUUAUAAAGCAUAUUUAAUUGAUUACUUGAUCUUAUUUCCCAUUUCCGAUCUUCUCAAUUAUAUAUUGGGAAAAGCAUUUUUCUUGGUACCCUUCCUUUCAAAUCUUAGGAGCUUUUCUUCGUCACAUUUUGUAGUAGCCCACGUGACACAGGCACAUGUAAGAACUGGUAUCGCUUAGCUAAUAAUAUAUAGUUGUUCUUUUGUGUUUUACAAUUGAAGGGCUACGGGGAAGAACGAUAAUAGUCAAUAUUCCUAAAAUGUUCAGUAUCGCACUUUUAAAAUUUCAGAACUAUAUUAAACCUUAUUAAACCGUAUAUUUAAACUUUUGUUACAUCACUGACUGUGAUCAUUAUGCCCCAACUUGAUUCGUACAUCAAUUUGGCCGGAAACAAAUGACAAACAAAUGAUAAUAUUAUGAAUUAUCCUAUUUUUAUUAUUAUUUUUUUCUUCUAUUAUCGUUUUUCCCCGUAGUCCUUCAAUUGAUUUUAUGAUGAUGUUUAUUUAUUUAUUUAUUUUUUUUUUUAAUACAAUAUACGAAAUUUCCUCUGAUUCACCAUGAUCUUGCUCCGAUUAUCCAGUGUAAUACUUUUUCUGAAAGCAAAUAGUAUCUAGUUGGUACUUUAUUAUUUUUUUACUAUCCAAGCGAUUUUCAUAAUAAUUGGGAAAACGAGGUAAAAACGUAGAAAAACGGGGAAAACUUACGAAAAUAAUACUUUUAUUAUUUUGAAUUUUGUUUUUAUGUUGUAAUUCAGUUAUAAAUAUUCGUAGAGAUUUGAAAUUUGUAUAGAAACCUUAUAAUUGUUUUUUACAGACAUUUUAACUUUGGGAGUCUUUUAUACGUAAUAUUUAUUCUAUACGAAUCCAAUCAUGGAAUCAGUUCCAUGAUUGGAUUGUAUAGUCAUUUUUUAAAAAUCAUAUAUAUAUAUAUAUUAUGUUAAUAUGCGUAUAUUAUUAUUUUUAUUGUCUAUUUUAGUUCAUUUUCUCUGCAAUUUCUCAUAUUCCGAAAAACAUGGCUGUUGUACAUCAACCGCAAACAUAUGCAUCAACAGAUUCACCUUCAGUUGAUUCUGCCCAAGAACCUCCUGAAGGUUAUCAUGCUUUUAUCGAAGCUCCGAGAAUGGAACCGCCUCAAGUUCGCCCUCCACCUUACUUAAAGUCUAAUAAACUUUGUCCAGGUAAAAUUGAAUAACAUAAUUUCGGCUGUAGAUAUGCUGUAUAAACUAUAGCACGAACUGUAGUUUACACGAUUGUAUAAUAACGUAUCUACAAAAAAAUUUAAUAGAAAAACAACUGAAUUAUUGAAUACCCUAUUAUGUCCAACAUUGUUCAUAAAAAAACCAACAACAAAUAAAAUUACACUCUUUAAUGUUCAUGUUGUUUAGGGGUCAACAAGAAUCCAUCGUCAAAAACAUUGAACAAUUUAUGUGGAGAUCUAAAUAAAGGGUUUUUACCAUUAAACCCAAUGAAACAAAGCAUUUUAGGAUCUCCAUAUCCGUUGUGAGUGAUAAAACAAUUAUGUACAUUUUAAUUUAGUUUUACAUUCAACACAAAAAAGAGAAAGUUCAAAACACUAAAUUGUUUAUAAAAUUAUUUUAGCGAACUGCUGAAAAAUAAAACAUUAGAAUUCUUUAGUAGAACAUUGCCAAUACUUAAAGCUGAUGAAACUAUACCAAAGGUAGCUAAAUAUGUAUUACCUGAUUCGUAUUAUCAAAGUAGUACAACCCAAAAUUACUUACAGUAAGCAUAUAACAUAAUAAUUGAAAAAUAUAUAUAAUAGUCACUGUUAAAUAUUAUAUUAUAGAGGAAAACCAUUUCGACGAAGAGCCAAGUAUAAUAAUGACGAUUCUCUUGACGAUGUGAAUAUGGAUGAUGAUAAUGAAGAUGAUGAAGUUCCUGUACAUUCACAAAAUAGUCAAAAUGGAACUAGACAUUCAAGGAAAUUUUGUGAUACUAGUGGUGGAGUGUAAGUAAUUAUAUUUAUAUGUAUUUAAAUAUUGACAUACAUAAAUGAUCAUUAAAAUUAAUUAGGCACCUAUAAAAUAUAUUUAUACAUAUAUAUUAAUUUUAAAACCCAACUAAUUCUUAAUAAUAGUAGAUAUGUAGGUAUAUAAAAUCAAAAAGUUCCGUUCACGACAAUUAAAAAUAUAUUUUUGAUUUUAGAAAUUUAAACAAUAGGAAUAGUUUUACAUCGCUUUGCUUUGUUUUAUCUGUUUUCACUUUUUCGAAUGAAUAGAAUAUCUAGUAUAUUUAGUAUAUUUAGUAUGUACUGUAAAAGUCUCAUGUCGACCUACCCCACCUGGCUAUCUAUAAUAAAUAGGUAAUAAAUUAGACACAAAUAUAAUUAGGUAUAAGUGAAUUACAUAAUUUAUUUUUUAGCAACCUAUCUAUGAAUACUUUCAAAAUAUUUAUGAAAAAUAAAUAAUAUUUUUUAUCAUAAUUAAAAAAAUAUUUUGCAUGUAGGUAAUUGAUUUACCAGAAGAUAAUAUCAUUGUUACUUUGAGGUCACUGUCAAAUAUCAAUUGGGUUAUAUAACAUAUGUUACCAAUUGUAUCUAACAAAAAGUAUAUAGGAUUAACAACCACCUCUUCAAUUUCACUAAAUUAACAUAAUAUCGCUAGCCAAAUUUUCUCCAAACUGUUGCUACCUUGUAGUGGGAGUCAUGCUUUUGUACGCUGUUAAAUAUUUAUACAUUAAUUAUCUGCACUAAACUUUACUAUGGUUGCUUUUUAUCAAGUUCUGCUUCCCAUUUUACAGUGAAUCUUAUCAAUCUCUAAAAUUCUUGCCUCAAAUUUGUGAAUUAUAAUCAGCCCCUAAUCUAACUAUUGGAAUUGAAUUUGUGUAUCCUUCUUUCAACAUUAAAUUCAGGCGGAUAGCUAGAAAAUUGCUUAAAACAAUUUUUUUUCUUCAGUGUUCCCAAAUUUAUAACUGCUUUAUUGACAUCUAUUAUUCUAGCAUUACAUUUAAAAAUCACUUCUAAUUCUCGAUUAACCUGUCUAGUCUUUAUCUUGAACUUGCAGUUAUAUUAUAAAAACCAGCAAGCUACCGUUUUACAAACUUGCUCUUCAGGCCUUACCUACUUCCCCUCAAUUUAUAUUGAUAAAACAUUUUUAAACCACCCACUUAACACUCUUAAAAGUUAAAACUACCUCACCUAAUAUUGUUAAUAAUCUUUUUCUGGACUAUAUCCAUAAUAAUUUUUCAAAUGUUAACAAAUUUUUCCUGAUGGUUUUGUCCUUCCUUUAUCUAAUAGUUGGAUACAAAAAGAAGUUUAAUGUAUAUCUGUAAGCAACGAUAAACCAUCGCUAACGAAAAAUUACGAUUUUGAGCGGAAUUCAAUUGAUAGUGAUGCUUUGUCACCAAUAUAUAUGUCAUAUUAUGAUAAAAUAAUUGAAUAGUCAUUAUAUAUUUUCUUUAAUAAUAUUUUCAAUAUUAUACUGAUUUUCCCUAUUUUCCCAGUUUUUUACAUUUAAUGAGAAAACUCUUGAGAAAAUCGGAAACUGACCUAGUGAACUCUUUAAAGUACCUCCCCAGUCAGAUUUCUUAUUAGAAAAAGUGCUAUCAUUGUAAAUCGGAGCAAAAUUGCUGGUAGAAAAGUUGUCCAUAGAAAAAAAAAAUCAUAAUAUUUUACUAAUACAUAUAUUUCUUACAUUUUCCCGUUUUUCCUUUAUUUUUUUUCAGUCUUUCAUAUUUGAUGAGAAAAAUUCUGAGAAAAUCGAAAAAUGACCCCUCUAAAGUAUUUCCUUACCCCGAUUUUCUUUAAGAAAAGGCGCUACAAUAAAAAAAUCUGAGCCAAAUUUCUGACAAAAAAAGAUAAUUUACUUUUGCGUUUUUUUUUUGUAAUUCAGUUAAAAAUAUUUGCAAAAAUUAAAAGUUUAGACAGUAAACUUAUAUUUAACUUUUGUAUAUGUGGUAAAAUUUUCAAGCUAUUUAUAAACAUUUUAAUUUUGCUAGUUUUUUAUAUUAUUUUCAUUCGGUAGGUGGUACUCUGUGGCUAAAAUCGUCAAACUAAACAGAAAUUAUUGAAACUUAAACAUGAAGUUGAUUACAAGGUUAGGAUAGGUCAUAAAAAAAAAAAAAAAAUUAGUAUUAUGUAGUAGUUUUUUUUAUAAGAAUUUUAAUAUCAAAUUUGUAUGAAAAUAUUACGGUAUUUAAAAACUUGUGUAACCAAACUUCAUUCCGAAUCGUUUUUCAUUAGCAAUAGUUUAUUGUUGCGUACAGAAAUAAAUUAAAUUUCUCUCUAUAUCUUACUUUCUCAACUUCCCACCCACAACAAUGGCCCACCCGUCUUGUUAAGUAUGUUUUUAUAUUAAUAUGUAUUUAUAAUGAUAGUAGACUUUGGCUUACUUUAGUUAAAUACUUUUAUAAAUCUCUAUUUAUAAUUAGGCUUAUUUAUUUAUUUUAAAUUAUGUCCUCAGAUAAUAAUAGCUAAAGUAGGUAGAUUCUAUUAUGACAAUAUUAUACUCUAUUCCAAAUAAGUUUACUCAAAUUUAUUUGGAAUAGAGUAUUGUAGUGUAUACAUUAUAAACUACAUUCAGUAUCUAGGUAAUAUUUGCAAAAUACGAUAAUUUGUCAUUGAUUUUAAAUCUAUAAUGAUAUAGUAAUAACCUAACUAUUACCUAAUCAAUGUCGGACUGCAAAAAGUAAAUGAACCGAGACAAUAAUACCACAUACAGUUUCUUUAUUAUGUUUAAAAUUUUAAAUUGAAUCCAAUUGUUCACAUAUUAAAAUAAACAAAGGAGGGAGAAUUUUUUUUAAAAGUGCUUAAAUAAAAGAAGAACUCUUAUAUUAUAUAGGUAUAUUGUUAGCAUUGUGUGUAUGUUUUUUGAUUGUUUGCUUGUUACACAUACUUAUUUAUUAUCACUUUAAAAAUGAAAUAUAAAUAUUCUGUUCCUAUACCUAUAUACAUAGUUGUUCAUUAUUAAUAGUAUGCAUGCAAUUUUAUUUCAUUUUGUAUGAUUUAGUAUUAUUAUUUUUGACAAUAUUAUUAUUAUCUUGUUCAAAAACAAGCAUUAUAAUGAUAUGUACUCGUACAAAAUGUAUUAUUUUUUUAUUUUUAUAUUUGUAACGGGUUUCCUAUAACCAGAUGUGCGACUGGUCCAGUUGGAAUAGUUAGAUAUUACUGUUCAUAGUAAUUUACUGCAUUUGGCUCGAUGAAUCAAAAUAACAUCAUUAUGAAUAUAUAGAUAUAGAUAUUAUAUUAGCGUGUCCUAGUUUUAACUUUAUUUAGUGUAUAAAAAACAAAUACAAUAAAGUAAUUCUAAAAUAGUUCAUUUAUCAUGUUGUUGUGAAUAAUAUAUUUUUACUAUAUUAUGAUUAAAGUAAAAUGUUUAAUACAUUUGGACAUCUUUAGGAUACAAUUAUUUAAAAGUUAAAAUAUCUGUACAGUUUUUAUUAUUUUUAAUAUCAUUACAGUUUAUGAGCAUUAAAAUAUUCAUUUUAAGAAUGUCAUUAUACCUAGACAAAAAUAGUAGAUUUAAAUAAAAAUAAAAAAAACGGACAAUUUAUUUUUAUUUUGUUAUAAAUGUGUGUUUAAUAAUUUUGAGUAAAAAGAAGUAAAUCACCAAAUUUAGAAAAAUGAGUUAUUUACAACAAAAAAACACACAGAAAUGUUUAUUUUUCAUGUAGAACAUGUUAAGUGACAAUUUUUCCAAUAUUGAAUGUUUUAUGUCAUUGUACAUUUUAAAGUACAUGUCAUAAUUUUUUUGUUUUUGUGCACCUUUUAAAUUUGCCGUGUAAGAAAAAUUAAAUUCUUUAAGUUGAGUGAACUUAUACCAUAUUAUAUUACCAUUAUUAAAAAUGUUGAACAUUGAAAUACACAAAUUCUGUCUAAUAAUACAGAACUACACAUAGAACCUUACAAUACAGUAAUAUUAUGAUAAAAUGUUAAAAUGCUGAUCUUGUGUUUUCAGUUCCAGUUUAUUUUUGUUUUAUUUAAAUGCUCAAACACUAACUUAACACAUUUAUGUGAACCCCAAAUUAUUGUUACUAUUUGUUUUAUUUCAGAUUUUGCAUGUUGUACAAAGCAAUACAAGGACAGGCGUUAUCUGGACUUAUGGCUCAACGACGAACCGAACAGUUAGAGUAUAGGACUCGUGAUACAGCUCAUGCUGCUGGUAGUACAACUAUGGAUGGGCCACCGACUCCUUGUCCCGCCAAAGUGGAAUACGCUACACCGGUGUUUGCUCGGAACUAUCAGGGUAUGUGGCGAUAUGUGGUGCAAAUACCAUAUGAAGGCUACUUUACUCAGACUGUAGAGGUAACCAAGUGCACGUAAGUCUAUAAUUAUGUAAUGUCUAUAAGACUAUUAAUAUAAUAAUCUAUAUAUAAGUAAGAUAGGUACUUAAAUAACUAAAUAGUAUACCACUGUCAGAAACGAAAACACCUACAACUAAAUUCCAUUUAAUAAAUAUUUAUUUUUAUAUCCACUUCUUUGUAGUCAAACCAAAUGUCACUACAUAGACGGCGGAUGUCUAUCAUCGCCGAGAUGGGUGAGCCUCUUGGUAGCGGAGGUCUACUAUCCAGACUCGUUCUUGCCACCCGUUUCCAAUAAUCGACGGUUGCCCUUACCUCCACAACAACAAGGAAUCUACAGGGCACAGAGCCAAGGUGACAGUCCGCCUCCCAUACAAGAUUUUCAAAACUACCAGCAGUAUCUACAUAAACGUGCUACACAAGGUGUUGCGGAUCCUUUGUCAAUGCAAUCUUCAACUACAACACCUAAGAAAAAACCACAUUGUGACGGUAUUGACGAACUUGGAUGUUUCCAGGCAAGUAUUCUUUGAUAAAUCAAAUUUGCUGAUAAUUUCAUCAUAUCUUUCUCUUAUAACACAUAAAUACUUUUGUGGUUUCGGCUUUUAAUUCCAUCCCGUCCAACAUAUUUUGUCUUCGUCUUUCCCUUUCUAAUAAUAAUUCCUUCCAAUCUUCCCCUGGCUUCCUUUUUCAUAUGUCUGAUUUUACUCUGUUUUCCCCUUUUAAUCUUGGUCUUUUUAGUCUAGGGUCUUUAGUCUAGAACCUUCCUUACACAAUAUGUGACCGACCAACCCAGAUGAGUUGUUUUUUGGUAAUGUUUUUCACAAUACUUGAGCUUUGAUAUAUCUCUUUAAGUUCUUUAAUUUUUCAGAAUCUCCAUUCUUCUGUAUUUAAGUCUUUACAUGGAACAUAUAUUUUUCUGAUUACUUUUCUUUCAAAUAAAGUUUUUACUUUUAUUAAUUUAGCUUUUUGUACUUUUAAAUACAAUAGAAAAAGUUUAAAAUAAUGUAUCAGUAUAGAUAUUUCCAUCAUUUGAUAACUGUUUAUAGAAUACUACCCUAAAAGCAUUAAGACUCUCCUAAAAAGAUCCUGGGAUCGUUUAUAGGGACUCGGCUAUAAUAGGAAUCAUCUGUUUAAUUCCCAGACUGGUCUCUAGAGGGUCUAAGAUGGUUUGUAGCAUUCCAUCUGCCAGGAUUUAACUGGGAACAUUCUUGAAAUGAUUAUAAAACGUCUCAUUUCAAUCUUCAAAAGGUUAUACAAAAGUAUGAAGAAAAAACGUGGCCACCUUUUGGAAUACAUAGCUAUGUAUCAUUGUAUCGAACAUAGGACCCUAAUCUAACGUCUUAACCACUACACUAUCUUAAUACAGAAAACAUAGUUUGUUUCAUGGAUAUACAAGUUAUCGAGUAAAUUUAAAAAUUUUAUUUUAAUAAAAUAAAUAAAUAAUUAAUUAAAAUAUUAAUAUUAUUACAUGUAACAUCUCGUAGUUGUGGACUUUUAGAAAUAGAGACUUUAAACUCUUAAAAUCUUCAGUAAUUGUCUUUAAGGACCAAAAUAAGAAUUUCCCAUGAAGGUUGAAAUUGUUCUCAACAAAAGCUCCUUGCUCGCAUAUGUAUUAAACCAUAUUAUAUAUUAGUCAAUUCUUGGGAAGGUCAAAAUAUUUCCUGAGGGGAAACUCCAGGCAGGUAUUAGUUAGACUCAAACAAUUAAUUCUCUCAACUGCUAAUGCUGUUAGGGCAAGUGUUCAAAUGUACAAGGUAUCUAUGUAAAAUAUAUGUAUAUUCCCCCACAUUUAUUGGCCUGAAUCCAUAUAUUAUAUAUCAAGUAUUAAUUAAAAGAAUAUUAUUUUUCAGGUGAGACUUUAUUAUGAUUGGUUUUUAAUUCCCGGCAGUUGCAAAUGCUGGAGACCAGACUAUUUUUCAAGAUAUGUAAAAAGAAAAUCAACAUCGCCUGAACUGUAAAAACAUUCCAUUUAAAUGAUCAAUGUAAAUAGGUACAAAUAAGGAUAAAGAUUUAUCUUUUGAUUGUAUAGUAUAAUAAUUUUUAUCUCGUAUUAUAUAAGACUUAGUAGAGUAGACUAUAAACUAUCAGUGUUAUAGUUUCAGUAAGCUGCUAUAAUAGAUAAUUACUAAAUAAAUGCAUGCAUAUUUUAACCUAGCUCAACAUAUUUUAUACCAGGAUUAUCAACAUUGACAACAUCAAAUGUAAAACUAUACAUUUAGAGAUGAGCAAAAUAUUAAAAAAAAAAAAAAAAGGAUUUAUAUUCCAAAUCAACAAUUAUCAUAUUUAAUAAUUUCAAAAUUCACAAUCUAAUAACUUAUAUUCAUAAGGGCUACUUACAAAAUAAUAAAUUUACAAUCUUUAGUGGUUAAAAUGUAUGAUAGGUACAUUAUACAAAAUUCAGAUAUAAAUGUCUAUUAUAAGUUCAAUAACAAAUAUUUUACUUACGCAAUGCAUUUGAAUACCUACAUUAUUUUAGAUGCAGUUGUUAUUAAUAACCUCAUAAUAAAAUUGUUUAUAAAUCAAUCUAUAUUAUUCAAAAUUAUUCAAAAUCCAAAAUAUCUCUGUACAUUAUAUAUAUAUAUAUAUAUAAACUGUAUAUAUAAACUAUAUAUAAACUGUGAAGGUAUUUGUGUGUACAAUGUACAAUAUGCAUUUUAUAUUUAGGUAUGCAUUAUAUAAAGACUAGUUUAAAUAACUUUACAUCUUUCAACAUUCAAAUAGCUUAGUUAAUAAUAUUAUGUAUAGUAGUACCUAUCUAAUUACCUAAUAAUAUAAGUAAUUCUUAGUAAUAAAAACACAACUUUGAAUAUUUUUUGGGGGGAAGGCUGAAAUUUAAAUAGAUAUUAAAUAAACCAAAGAUAAUUCCUUUUGUUAAAAUAUAUUAUAGGUACAUUUUUCAUAUUGAUGGUGAUAAACCUAGCCCAAUUCCUCCAAUUUGUACAUGUAUGCACAUGUAUAAUAUACGUGUACAUUGUUUAUAUUUAUUAGUUUGAUCAAGAGCAUAUUUUUAAUAUUUCAUAUGAAUACUUUAUUAAACAUUACAUUCUAUGGAAAAAUAUAAAACAUAAAACUAUACGUAUUUACUAUAUAGUAUCUACUAUGAAAAGUCUGAACACAUUUAACAAUCUAAAUUAUAUAUUUAUAUUUGUAAUGUUUAAAUUUAAAUGUGUAUAAUUAUUUUAAUCAUGCCAUUAUUUAUUCAUCAACAAGACUCCCAUUAUAUCUGUGUAAAAGAUCCAAAAACAUUAAUUCGUUUUUAUAUUAGUUAAUUUUUUCCACAUUUUAUUAUGGUGGGGCCACCUCUCUAAAAUUUUUAAUUUAAUUGUGCCACUGAUCUGAAUAUUUUUGAUUACUUUAAUUAAGCAGUUCACUUAUUGUAAUUUAUAUUAAUAAAUUAUUAUUUUAAUAAAUUUAGUCCCUGAUGUACUGACCUUUAGACACACACAACUAUGAACUAAUCUAUAACAAUUUGUUAUUAAAUCAAGAUACAUUAUUAGCAUUUAUUUAUUUAUUUAAGAAAAAAUAUUUAUCAAGUAGGUACCUACUCAAAAUGUAUAUAACUGGUAACUGUUAAAAUUAUAAAUUCACUUG